AUGGACGGCAUUCUCGAUUUCAGCCAGGAUCUUGAUGUUAGCCUGCUGGACCGGGUCGUCGGCGCCAUGUUUGGCAGCGCCCGUGAAGACCAACGUAUGGCGCAACAAGUUCUUGCUCAAUUCCAGGAGCAUCCGGAGGCGUGGCAGCGGGUUCCCGCCAUUCUUCAGCAAAGUUCGAGCGAACACUCAAAGUACAUCGCUUUGCAAAUCCUUGACAAACUGAUUCUGACCAAGUGGAAGGCUCUGGCCGAGGAUCAGCAGCAAGGCAUUCGCAACUUCAUCGUCGAGACGAUCAUUGGUGUUUCGUCCGAUGAGGCUUCGCUUAGGGCACAGCGCACCUAUCUCAAGAAGCUGAACGUGACGCUUGUGCAAAUCCUGAAGCAGGAGUGGCCCCACAAAUGGCCGACAUUUAUUUCCGACAUCGUCUCGUCGUCACGCACCUCUCUAUCCAUCUGCCAGAACAACAUGGCUAUUCUGCGCUUGCUGUCGGAGGAGAUUUUCGACUUUUCGCCCGAGCAGAUGACCACGACAAAAACCCAAAAUCUCAAGAAUCAAAUCUGCGGAGAGUUUGCAGAGGUGUUUCAGUUGUGCACCGAGGUCCUCGAGAAGGCUCAAAGGCCCAGCCUUAUCCAAGCCACUCUGGAAACUAUGCUCAAAUUCUUGAACUGGAUUCCCUUGGGUUACAUUUUUGAGACCAACGUGAUUGAUCAGCUGAUCAACAGGUUCCUCGAAGUACCAGAGUAUCGCAAUGUGACACUGAAGUGCUUGUCGGAGAUCGCUGGCCUUCAGAUCAAGACUAACUCGUACGAUGAGAAGUUCGUCGUCCUGUUCAACAUGGUCAUGACCUCGGUCAAUCGCAUGAUCCCUCCAAGCACGAACUUCGCCGAAGCGUACGAGUCUUCGUCAAACGAUGACCAAGAGCUGAUUCUCAACUUGGCAUUGUUUUUGUGCAACUUCCUGAAUGAGCGCUUGCACCUUGUGGAAAAUGCGGAGAAUCGUGAGGUCCUUCUCAAUGCGCACCUUUACCUGAUCAAAGUUUCUCAAGUGCCGGAACGAGAGAUUUUUAAGAUCUGUCUCGAGUACUGGUCAAAGCUCGUCGCGUCUCUUUACGAGGAGAUGCAAACGCUUCCCAUGGCAGAAAUGAAUCCUCUUAUUGGGCUGAGCUUGGGCAACGGGUCCUCUGGCGCUGCCGCUUCGCUCGACUUGAGGAAGCACACGUACGGCCAGAUUCUCAGCAAUUUGCGUCUAGUCAUGAUCGAACGCAUGGUCAAGCCUGAAGAGGUCCUGGUGGUGGAGAACGACGAAGGAGAGAUCGUGCGAGAAUUCAUGAAAGAGAGCGAUACCAUCGUGUUGUACAAAUCCAUGAGAGAGGUGCUGGUCUACUUGACGCAUCUAGACACCCUCGACACGGAGGAGAUCAUGACACAAAAGCUGUCCAAGCAAGUAGACGGAUCCGAAUGGAGCUGGGGCAACCUCAAUACAUUGUGUUGGGCGAUCGGCAGUAUCUCGGGUGCAAUGAGCGAAGACGCAGAGAAGCGGUUCCUGGUCACAGUCAUCAAGGAUCUCCUGGGCCUCUGCGAGAUGAAGCGCGGAAAAGACAACAAGGCGGUCGUCGCUUCGAACAUCAUGUAUAUAGUGGGCCAAUAUCCACGCUUCCUUAAAGCUCACUGGAAAUUCCUGAAGACAGUGGUCAACAAGAAUUUCGAGUUCAUGCACGAGACCCACGAGGGUGUGCAGGACAUGGCGUGCGACACAUUCAUCAAGAUCGCUCAAAAAUGUAGGCGACACUUCGUCAUGCAACAAAAGGACGAACAGGAGCCUUUCAUCGACGAGAUCCUUCGUACGUUGCACCGCAUCACUGUUGAUCUUCAAGCGCAUCAAGUCCACACCUUCUACGAAGCGGUCGGAUACAUGAUUGCUGCACAACCGAACAAGCCGACUCAGGAACGCUUGAUCAGCAAGCUGAUGGAAUUGCCAAACAGUGCUUGGGACUCUCUCAUGUCCCAAGCACACAGCAAUGUUGACGUCCUCAACAACUCUGAAAACAUCAAGAUUCUGUCGAAUGUCCUCAAGACGAAUGUCUCGGCUUGUUUCUCCAUCGGCACCUACUUCCUACCACAAAUCGGCAGAAUCUAUCUCGAUAUGCUCGCGCUCUACCGAAGCGUGAGCGGAGUCAUCAGCGCCAAGGUGGAAUCAGACGGCCUCAUCGCUACAAAGACUCCUUUGGUGCGCGGCUUGCGCACGAUAAAAAAGGACAUAUUGCAUCUGGUCGAGACUUACGUCAAGCGCGCCGAAGACCUGGAGCAGGUGAACGUCAAUCUGAUCCCCUCUCUUCUGGACGCCAUUCUCGGGGACUAUCACAACAAUGUGCCGCCUGCGAGAGAGGCUGAGGUGCUCAACGUCAUGACCACUAUCACCGCUCGCCUCGGUGCACUGCUCACCGACAAGAUCUCGCCGAUACUCGAUGCAGUCUUUGAGCCCACGCUAGGCAUGAUCAACCGAGACUUUGCAGAGUACCCAGAGCAUCGUGUUGGCUUCUUCAAGCUGCUGCGCGCCAUCAAUGCACAGUGCUUCCCAGCGAUGCUCUCUUUGGACCCAUCCAAGUUCAAGCUCUUCGUCGAUGCCCUCGUAUGGGCUUUCAAGCAUGCUCAACGCGAUGUUGCCGAGCAGGGACUCAACACCAUGCUGGAGCUGUUUGCCAAUGUCGCUCAGGAAAGCGCGGAAGUCAGUGCAGGCUUCUACCAGCAAUACCUUUUGCCAGUCGUGCAAGAUGUCUUUUUCGUUCUGACAGAGCCAGAUCAUAAAGCUGGCUUCAGACUGCAGUGCAUGCUUCUGGCUCGGAUCUUUGCAACCGUUGCGUUCGAAAAGGUCUCUGUGCCAUUGGCAGAAGGGGUUACGGACAACCACUCGUACCUGCUGCAGUACUGCUCCAAUUUGCUCAAGACUGCUUUUCCGCACGUCGAUCCCAAAUAUGUAGACUCGUUCCUCGAAGGCUUGUCGAAGCUCAGCGUCUCACAAGAUCCCACCAUGCGCGCACUGACCUUCCGCAAGGCUGAGCUGCGCGACCUCAACAUGCACGAAGCCUACCACUCUGACCUCAACGGUCGUGACUCUCAAUUCCGCUCUCUCAUGCGCGACUUUCUGCUCACGACGCGUGAGCUGGCCGGCUCGGAGGGAGAUAAUCAGGAUCUCUUUCAGGAUGACAAGGCGGAGAAGGCUGCUGCUGAGGCUGCAGAAGCUAGAGAGAAGGCUGCAGCUGUGCCUGGUAUGCUCAAGCCAUCUGAGAUCACCAAGGAUGAAGACGAGGAGAUCUGACUACUGCAGCAGUUGCUCUACUAAAUUUGCCACGACAUGAUGAGCCUUGGACUUCGAGCUGCUGUCUGGCCACCUUGUCGGCAGAGGGAACGACCUUGAGCAUGGUAGUCUUCGGCGUUUUGUUUGGGCGGUUCGCCGCAGCCAAAAUCAUUUUAGCUAGUCUUCGAACACGCCCACACGUCUGAGCGUGGUUCAACUUGAAAUGUAACCUUUUUUCCCAAACGUCGAUGGUGCGAGCGGCAAGUCACGAGUGUGCUCGCUGCC